GUCGUCUUUAUCUUCUGAUACAGUUCAGCCUUGUCCGUUUCCACCGCAGGCAGCGUAUUGAUCAUGUUUGGUUGGUUGUGGAAGAACGUCUUUGGCGGCGAGGACCUCGAGAAGAAGCCCAAGGACGUUUCCACUGAUCAAAGGGGGCAUGCCGUACCCAAGUCGACGCUGGUACCUUCCUCUACCGAAACGGGGGCGACUCUGUCUUCAGGUACACCAGUAGUGUCGCCGCCGCGAUCACAAAAAACUUCUGUGAAAGACCCACAAACUUCGUUGACGAAAAAGCGCAUGUCCGAAAGUCAAUCGUCGUCUGGAGGAAAGAAAGCGAGAACUUUGAUUUCAUCACCGGCGCGCAAACCGUCCAAGAGCGACCCUGUUUCCGAGGCGUGGGAAGCGAAUUUUGCCAAAGUGAGAGAGCUUUUCGAGUUGCACCACUCUCUUGAAAACUUUUCAGCGCAUUGCAAGGAUGACACGCUAGUUUCUUGGGUAGAAGAUCAACAGAAGCAGUACGAAAACGACAGAGCAAACAGCUCCUUCAAAAAGAGCUUUGUUGCCAGAAAUCAGUUUGUUCGGCUUGUCGAUAUUGGUGCCAUCCAGUUGUUAUCCCCUCGUCAAGACGUCACGAUAGACAGAGACUUUGAUGUCAUGCUUGGCAAACUCGCCGCGUUCAACGAGACCCACAAGGACGCUUUGGUCCCUCCACAGUUUGAGGACCAGGAACUCGCCAAGUGGGUCAAAAGUCUCAGGAGCAAAUGGGGGCGUUUGCGUCGCGGCACAAGCUCCAAUUUUUCCGUUCACCAGAUGGAAAAGCUAAACGCGAUUGGUUUUGAAUUCACGUGUUCUCGGGGUCGCCCGCGUGACUUCACCAAAAAAGAGUAGGAAGGAGACAACACCGUUCGUAAAGGCGGUUGGAUUCAACAGAUGAGAGAGGCGGGCAACAGGUCUGACGGUAGAUGGAUGAAUCCCAAUUUGACGAAUAAGGUUAGAUCCAAAGAAUCAAAAGUAAAUGCAAUGCAAAUUAAAACUUGUAAAGAAUCCCCAACGUGAAGUAUGCUACUACCGCCGUCUCCCAAGGGAUGGGCGAAAAUAUCGAUGUCCAGCAGAUCUACCUUCACAUUAAUUUUCAUGGAAAGGCACAUUACAAUUUUAAAAUGCUUGACAAGUGAAACCUUCAACGUACGCAAGCAUUUCGAGUUAUGAUGUAUUCCGCACAAAGUGCCAUACUGCGGAAAUAUUCAAACGGUGUAUGCUUGUCUGGAAUCCCAAUCUCACAAUCGUCAUUGCUGACCCAAACGCCACCUUUUUUUAUCCAGCUUUUCUCCGACAAAAAUUGCAAAGGAAGCUGGGGAACAGAAAUCCCUGAAGACGUCUCAACGUGCUUCGCGUAGUAUCCUUCGCUUGACUGUGAGGAUUUCUGAAUCAAGUCAAUCUUGUUUUUGGUUGAUAUUUCCGUCACUGCUCUUGGCUUCCCUUCCUUUUGUAGGUUGGCUCACGGACAAUACCUUUUCUCUAAAAGGAAGAAUCGCAUUCUUUUGAUGGUGGCUG